AUGCAAGAAAGAAACACAGCGACUGUUGUGUUUGAGACUGUCAUAUUUACCCUUACAAUGAUUCUUUCUCUAUUUGGGAAUCUUAUGGUGUGCUAUGCCGUACGAAGAAAUCCAAGGCUUCGUAGCUCAAGCAACUACUACAUCAUUUCCUUGGCCCUAACAGAUAUUUCAAUAGCUUUGUUUACAAUGCCGCUGUCAGUUGUGUUGUUGGCUACUGGAAAAUGGCCUUUUGGAACUUUUCUGAGUCGUUUUGCAACCAUUUCCACGUUAUCAUUGACGAACAUCUCGACAUCCACCAUGGCACUGAUGGCCUUAAACAGGUAUUACAAGAUAGUGAAGCCAGCAAAAUACCAAACUAUUUUUACGAAGAAGUUUAUCAUCUCCACAGCAUUAGGUGUGUGGGCUGCAUUCGUUUCUCUUGCUCUUCUCUCUGUGCUCGCAUUUGGUUCGAGAAAUGAUAUGAAUUCAGCUUUUGAAGUUCCUGGGACAACAUUUCCAAUGCCAGUUGCUAAACUAACUGCGGUUGUUAUUUUCUAUUCGCCGUAUGCUGUCAUCAUUUUCUGUUACUGGAAGGUUUACAAGACUGUGAAGAUACACAAUGCAAAUGUUUCGUGGCAGAGUGCAAAUGUACAAGAUGUUCGAGUCUACAAAAUUCUGCUUGUCACUGUUGUCGGCUUUCUCAGCCUCUGGUUGCCGUCUCAAACUAUCUUUCUUAUGUCUUUGUAUAUAGUGUUACCACGCCAGCUUAAACUUUUUGCGACUUUUCUUAUUUACUCAUCAAGUUUCAUAAAUCCGUUCAUUUAUGGUUUUAUGAACCCUUCAUUCAGAAAUGAAUUCAAAAACUUCUUGAUUCUGAAAAAGAAGCACUCGAUAGGCUCGGAAGCAAGUCCUGCGAAACCAGAAAACAUUGUUCAGAUUAUUAAUUAGCGCUAUCUGAUGAUUCGGGACUUACUCUUGGAAUGACUAUAUGUCACAAUUGAUUUUAAUAACGGUCGAAAUUUUGCUGCCGUUUCUAGCUACUAACUUCCCUUGAGGAGUAUGCUCAAAUUGAAAGUAUGAUUCUUUGCUUGUUUCAACGGUGAUUAUGCGUACCUUUGAAAAAGAUUAAAUCGAAUGUGGUACAGAUCCUACGAAAAGCUUAACACUCCGUCGUAUCCCCUUCAAUACUGCUAGAAUUAUAUCUAGUUGCCUCCGUAUGUUUCCGAACUGUAGUUUAAACCUGUUUACAAAGGUAUCUACUCGAUCAAUUGACUGAACUUCGCAUGAAGAA